AUGACUGUCCGGAGCCUCAGUGGAUGUGCUUUCACUGCCAUUGGUUUCUCCCGGCAUGCCAUCGCCGUGUCAAAGCAAACUCGAUUGCCAAGCAUGUUCGUGAAUGGGAACAGUGCCCUCUCCAUUGGAGCCCUCUCCGCAAUCUUUGCGCCAUUCUCGAGGAGCAUGGGAUCCGUACUCUGGGCGAGCAUCAGGAUGGAUUGGCAAGUGGCCGAGGGUGGGGCCGUCUUCACGUCGGAGACCCGUCGGAUCAAUAUGAUCGAGGAUGCAGUCGGGGAGGUGCAGCACAAACUCCGCGACCAGUGGCAUCGUCAGCUUCACGCUUUGUCUGGCUCAGUCGCACAGGGACGCCGCCCAGCUACAGGGCUGGCAAUUCCAUAUGGGAAAGUUGGAGACGCAGUCAAGUUGUUCCAGACGGCAAGCACGGAGGCGCACGCGGUCAUGAAUGGCACAGCGCCCUCGUCCGCCUACUACGGCAAAAAGACGGCAUGGCUCGCCGAAUGCAUCGUGCCCCUGGUGUCAUCGGCCGACCGUUGCAAAAUUGGGAUCACUUGGUGUGGCAUUGCCAAGGAGUUCCGUUGGCCGAGCAACGCCCGCCAACCCCCACAGAGACCAGCGAGACGACUGGGAUGGCCGGAGACCGGUGACACCUAG